GAACGUCGGAGUGCAACACACUAGCUCGCCGCCCUGCAACGAGGCUGUGUCGUUUGGUUCCUACGGCAGGUUGCGUGGCGGGCGAGCGGCCAGACGGGUUUGCGGGAUGCACGAGGAGGGGCAGGCGGCCGCAGUGCCAGUGCCCUCUACAUGGGAGUGAAUAUGCAAGUUCUGGAAAAGCCUCACAAUACAGCAGCCCAUAUUAUUGGCCAACAUCAAUAGGCAGAAGUGCAUCGCUGCAAUCUAGUGCCUUCGGCAACUACACAGACUAAGCUUUGAAUGCCAGAUAGACACUUCAAAGUCACAGUACUAAUCUCCAAAGUUUCUCUUCAAACGGGAUGUGUCUCAUCUGCCUGAAUUAACGUCCAUGACUUCUAUGCCAGUUGCACUUCUCAGGAAUGAUGGAGCUGUCCACAACAAGGACAAUAUUUAGAAUGAGUAGAAACAGCACUUUUUCAGUGGACAGCUCAUGGUUAUGGAACUCCCUUCCCCAAGAAAUUAGAAUGACUGACUCUCCCUGCUUUCAUGUGAAUGGAGGGGAAAAAACUGAUUUCUGCAACAGACACCCAGUACUCUGGUAUGCUACUCCAGUCUUUGAAUGAACAACGUGACCAUGGACUUUUUUGUGACGUUACUGUCAUCGUGGAGGACCGGAAAUUUCGAGCCCACAGAAAUGUUCUUUCUGCUUCUAGCACGUAUUUUCACCAGCUUUUUUCAGUUGCUGGGCAAGUGGUGGAACUGAGCUUUAUAAGAGCAGAGAUUUUUGCAGAAAUACUCAACUAUAUAUAUAGCUCAAAAAUAAUCCGAGUUCGAUCAGACUUACUUGAUGAGUUGAUUAAAUCAGGGCAAUUACUAGGAGUUAAAUUUAUAGCAGAACUGGGUGUACCUCUGUCACAAGUAAAAAGCCUAUCUAGUGGCAUCCAGGAUGGUACUUCAGAAACUUUACCUUCUAGCUCAGAUCAAGAGAGUCAUGAAACACAAAUAUCCCCAACAAAACAUGUGAGUCAACAUGUAAUUGGUGGGAUGCCUGUUAUAACAGAAUCAUUUUCCUUACAUGGUGAAGAAUAUGAAACUACAAAAAUUACAGUGAGUGAUUCAGACGACGAUGAUGAUGUCAUCUUUUGCUCUGAAAUUGUGCCUGCGAAAGAGCGUUCUCCAGAGACCGGUGCGGUGGCACAGAGCCAGCCUUGCCCAAAUCCUGCUGCGGUUUCUGACCAAACGUCCUGUAGCACUGGUGGAUCUCCCCCUCUAACUAGUAUUGCAGCAACUCAAAAACUCACUUCCUCUGCCACCCAACCAAGUCCAAACCAAACACAAACUAGUGCUGAAUCACUUGACUCUUCAACUCCAAAGCAUUUGACUCCCAACAUCAUUUUGCUAAAUCAGUCUCAACUUAAUUCAUCACUAAGUGUCAGUUCCUCACAUCAACAACACGUAUCUCCUACAGUUAAUUUGCUUGGGGAGAAUCAACAGCCAUCUAAUAAUGAGUCUUUAGCUGAAAUGGAAACAAAUGCUGUUGAUGAGGAAGAAGAGGAGGAGGAGGAUGUGGAAGAUGAUGAUAUCAUUAGCUCAUCUAGUCCAGGUUCAGUCAGUAGCAGCUCUUUGGUUCAGCAAUCUUCUCCCCCCAAAGUAGCGGAGUUUGAAGGAUCAGGUGUACAGAAAAAACAGGUUGUUACUUUUCCACAGGAACCAUCUUCCAAACCUGGGGAGUUUAAAAUAAAAAUCUCAGACGUUCUUACUGGAAGCAACAAGGAUCCUUCUGCGGGUGUAGCAUCAAAACAUGUGAUGGAAGGUCAAAAGAUCAUAACUUUAGAUACAGCUACUGAAAUAGAAGGCUUGUCAACAGGUUGUAAGGUUUAUGCAAAUAUUGGUGAAGAUACAUAUGACAUAGUAAUUCCUGUAAAAGAUGAUCCAGAUGAAGGAGAAGUCAAACUUGACGAGAUGCCUAGAACAUCUGGUGAUGAUCCUGCAAACAGAAAACGCAUGAAGCUAAAACAUGAUGAUCACUAUGAGCUCAUAGUGGAUGGAAGGGUCUACUAUAUUUGUAUUGUAUGUAAGAGAUCCUAUGUAUGUCUGACAAGUUUGCGGAGACACUUUAACGUUCAUUCCUGGGAGAAGAAGUAUCCAUGUCGAUACUGUGAGAAAGUUUUCCCUCUUGCAGAAUACCGUACAAAACAUGAAAUUCACCACACUGGUGAGCGAAGGUACCAAUGCUUGACAUGUGGGAAAUCUUUCAUCAAUUAUCAGGUUAUGGCUUCACAUAUAAGAUCAGUUCAUAGUCAAGACCCUUCUGGAGAUACCAAGCUUUAUCGUUUGCAUCCUUGCAGGUCUUUACAGAUCAGACAAUAUGCAUAUAUUACUGAUCGUUCAAGCAGUAUACCUGUAAUAAAUGAGGAUGGACUUGUUUAUCGUGUUGGUGCAGGAAAAGAUGAUGCUGAAGGAACAACUUCUAAUCCUCCAACCAAGCCAAUGACCUGGGAUGAUAUUUUCAUUCAGCAGGGAAGUGAAUCAAUUUUUAAACAAAAUCUAUCAGAGGGUAGUACUGAAUUUGAGUUUGUAAUACCAGAGUCUUACUGAAAUGCUUUAAGUGCUGAAAAAGCUUCAGUAUAGAAAAGGUGCAACUGUUUCAAAUGAACUGCUAAAAAUAUUGUAAAACAAAUUGUUAAAGUGAAAACAAGUUUACUUGUUCUACCAAGUCAUCAAAGGGUAGCAUUUAGAUGGAUUAUUUGUAGCUGCAAGUCAUUUGUAGUAGCAAUUCAUCUGAAAGUUUACUUGAAUACAGAAUAAGAUAUUUCCAAGGAGCUGUCAGUGUUUUUUCUAGUUCAUUAAUUUUCAUUUAAAAAAAAAAAAAGGAAAGUUAUAGCUUGACAAGGUACAGUUUCCUUAAAUAAUUUGAAACAUUGUUUUUCUUCUAAAAUUGGGGUAUUUCCCCUACCUUGAAACAUUUAUUACAUAAACUUUUUCUUUCAUGUUAGCACUUUAAUGCUGAAUUCUCUUUAGAUGUUAACACCAAGACCACAAUAAGAUGUUCAGCAUAACCUCUUGGAUAUGGCAUAAUUUUAAAAAAUCCCACUGCUCAUACAUUAACUCUGAAUAGUGUAUAACUGCAAGGGUCCAAACUAACUGAUCCAUUAGUUUGGAGCAGUGUAUUUUUGAACCAGCAUCUUAGUUUUGUUUUUCUGGUCAAAAUGAACCAAUUCUUUGUGAAAAUGUUCAUACUGAUAAGAAACAUUCAGUUUGGGUUAAACUGAACAAGAUUUAUUUAUAUGUGUCAAUAUGGUAAGCAGAGUAUUCAGUGGCUGGACCAUUAUAUUUUAUUCUUUUUUGCAAUGGGGAAAAAUAUCAAACUACGAUAUUGACGAAAAAGAACAUUGAAGAGAAAGAUCAAGUUUUGCAGCAUGUUUUUAAAAUCCUGAGGAAUAAUGUCAGACCUUCUUAUUAUUAAAGAGUAUGCUGAUUAUUUAGAAUGAGUUGCUGCUUUCCUGUUUUGUUCAUUAUGGCGAAAGGCUUCGAUCAGAUAUUUAAAACAUUUUUAUAAUACUUUUCCUAGCAGAAGACUGCAGAAUAUGCUUCCUGAAACCGAGAAGUAAUGUAAAUGAUGCCUCAGCUCUGUAGCUGAGACUACUACAGAUUUUACAGGCCUGUUUAGCUAGAUUUUUAAUGAAGUACUGAAAACUUUUCCCAAUGGGAAAGGUUGCUGUCAGGAGGACUAAAUCAAUAAUCAAGUUUUUUUUUUUUUAAAUGUUUAUAUAGGUUCCAUGGCAUAGGCAUAUCAAUAUUCAUUUUCAGUUUUAAUAAUAUCCCUCCUUUCCCAUGCAAUUGGCACAUAUUUAGGCACUUGGAAAAUAGUUUAGUAAAAGUUCAACUAGAACAAGAAAUGCUAGUUUACUUUCAGUACUAUCAGCACAGUCACAGAGUCGAGCAUUUCUGAUUUAGUAACUUGUUGAAUUUUUGUAAAUGGUAAGAUGAAAAUUAAACAGAGGUUUAUAGAUGACUGAAAAGAAUUGUUGUGCAUAGUGUUAGUUAUCAGUAACCUUUCAUUAAAUCUCUUACCUAAAUCAGUUUAGGAUUUUUCUUCUCAUAUUCAUGUUUUAAGAGAAAACAUUUAUUUCAUGUUCAGACCAACAUUUCUUCACCUUAUGACCUUCAAUCUUAAAUUUCCAGAAAGAUAAGUUCUGUUUCAAGGUAAAUGGUUCACAUAUAAUUAAAGCUAUAAUUAAGGGGUACCAGAAAUCAGUAUUUGUAAUAAUGGGAGGAGGAAAAGAGAAUUUGUUUAGCUACUAGGUAUAGUAUGCAGCACUUCUGUUUUCUAGGCUAAGAACACAAUAUGUCUAAAUGUUUUUAUAUUGUAAAUUUACCCUUUUAAAAUUAGGAACUAGGAUUUAAUUCAAAACUAUGUGCAUUGUCAAAAUCAUAAAAUAGGUUGAUUUUGUGUAGAUGUUUAUAAAAAUUGCUCUUUGGGCAUCAGGGGAAUAUUUUAAAAUGUGAUAGGUUGAAUGUUGUUUGAGUUUCAUUGAUGGCAUUUCAGCAGUUACACACAAUCCUUUCAAAGAAAUAAAUAUUGAUUGCCUAUAAUAGCACAGGUUGUACUGACUUACCUAACUGUGUACUAGAUAAAAACUUCAUAUCCUGAAAAACAUUGAGGGUAUAUUCUAAAUUAACCUAGUGUGACACAUCUGGAAUUAAGCUUGCCUUGCAAAAUAUAUAUCCAAUAAGAAUGGCUAUCAAUAUUUGCUGCUGAUAAGGUUUAAACCUUAAGUAAAACUGUGCCUAUUAAGGUGUCUCUUUAGAAAAAAAAACUGGAAAAUUAGUGGUUCAAAAGGUGUCGUUUUGCCAGAAGACUCAGGCCUGCAUGUGUCUCUCAGUCUUCUAUUUUCCUCGGAAGUGAGCGUCGAUAUCCAGAGUCCAAAGGUCAUGUAAAAUAAACUUUUUUUUAAACUUCACUUCCAGUAUUUAUUGGAUUGGAAACAUGUUAGACCCCUUCUUUUAAACUCUUUAUGGGGCGAUAGUUUUUUAUAUUUAGAUUUCUGGCUAUUGUAUUUAGGGUGGGUUUUGUUUUUGUUUUGUUUUUUUUUUUAAAUCUUUAUCAUUACCUUCCCGUUUGACUUAAUCCAAAACAUUUUGUAAAUAUUAAGAAUUGGCUCUGGGGAAAAAAUGGGAUUUACACUAAUUGAAUCUGCACAUGCAUUUAUAUAAAUAUUAUUACAACAUUCAGCAGAGAUCCCGUAGCAAACCUAAACAUCAUUUUACAAAUAUAAAAGUUAACUUUGAUCUGCUACAAAAUGUAAGAAUGAUGGCUAAGAGUCCUCACUGUGUGGCUCCUAUGGGAAUUCAUACCACUGCAUUCCAAUAUAUAAAUAAAACAAAUACAGAGAUAACAAAAUUGAUAGGUUGCUUAUUUAUUUUGUACUGUUAAGGCAUGCAGCUUAUACAAAGAUGCAAAAGCUGACAACUGUAUACAUUGAACAUUGGGUUCUACAGCUGUUACCUAUCAACUGUUCUGUGUGAAACAUUGUUCAUUUUUACCAAUACUGUAAUGUAUAUACUUGUACAGUCUUUUCCUUAACAUAGUUUUUAAAGUUGUGUUCUACUUUUCAUUAACCGAUAAUGGAUAUUAGUUCUUAGAGCUUUCUAUGGCAAAAAUAAAAGUUUUAAUUCUA